CUUGCGUUUGUGUUGACGCUGUCUAUAAACAGUGUAGGCUUCUUAAAAAUGGAUGUCAAGUGGGGUUUUGUGUUUGUUAUUAUUGUUAUGGUAGAAAAUAGUGAUUGUGACAAUUUUCAGGAUACUCUAGGACACAUUAAACCUCAAGCUAACACCUCAACCCAAGCCCAAGCAGUCCUUGACCUAAUAAUCAGAAAUAUUCCUCUUCGUGCCAAUGAAUUUGCCGUGCAAAUUGAUUCAAAUUUAGGAACAGAAGGAAAGGAUACUUUCAGUAUUAAGAAAGAAAAUGGGACCGUGAACAUAAUAGCAACAACAGGAGUCGCUGCAGCCACUGGAUUUCAGUAUUAUCUGAAGUAUUACUGCAAUGGUCACAUAUCAUGGGAGGCUUCCCAGGUGAAUCUACCAGAUGUUUUGCCUGACGUAGAUGUUACUAUGACUCUGAACGAUAGAUUUCGGUACUAUCAAAAUGUGUGCACGACAAGUUACAGUUUCGUGUGGUGGGACUGGACCCAGUGGGAAAAACACAUCGAUUGGAUGGCUCUGAAUUCCUUUAAUUUGGUUCUAGCCUUUAACGGACAAGAAGCGAUCUGGGAGAGGGUGUAUUCAAAGUUAAAUUUGACCCAAAGUGAUAUCGAUGAGCAUUUCACUGGACCAGCGUUUUUAUCAUGGUUGCGAAUGGGCAACAUGCGCGGAUGGGGUGGGCCUUUAUCCAAGGCAUGGCAUGACAGAUCUAUUUAUUUACAAAAACGCAUUUUGCAAAGAAUGAGAAACUUGGGAAUGAUACCAGUUUUACCAGCAUUUGCAGGGCAUCUCCCAAGAGCAUUCAAAAGUAUCUAUCCUGAUGUAAAUAUGACAAAAAUGCAAGUAUGGAAUAGCUUCAACGAUACUUACUGCUGUCCCUACUUCCUAGAUCCAACAGAAGAGCUAUUUAAAGUUAUUGGUAAAAUGUUUUUAGAUGAGCAAACAGCAGAGUUUGGUACGGAUCACGUCUACAACUGUGACAGCUUCAAUGAGGUUGACCCAUCUACUAGUGACCUAACUUACCUCUCAAAUGUUGGGAAAAGUAUUUAUUCUGCCAUGACAGCAGCUGAUGCUGAUGCUAUUUGGGUAAUGCAAGGUUGGCUUUUUGUGCAUUCUAUGUUUUAUUGGACUCGUGAACGAGCCAAAGCUCUACUAACCUCAGUGCCAAAAGGAAAAAUGAUCGUUUUAGAUCUCCAGUCUGAAGAAUUUCCGCAAUACGAUCGCCUGGAACAAUAUUUUGGUCAACCAUACAUUUGGUGUAUGUUGCACGACUUUGGAGGAACAUUGGGGAUGUUUGGAUCAGUAAAUAAAAUAAACGAGGAUGCAAUAAAAGCUAGGAAGGAACAAGGUAGCACAAUGAUUGGAACUGGUUUAACACCAGAAGGCAUAAACCAGAAUUACGUCAUUUACGACCUGAUGACUGAAUCAGCUUGGAGAAGUGAACCAGCUAACCUAACUGAUUGGUUCACAAAUUACACUAUAAGGAGAUACGGUGCAAAUGACGAAUAUGUCAUACGAGCAUGGCAAAAAUUAAAAGAUUCUGUAUAUGAUUUUAAUGGAAUCGAGAAGAUUAGAGGGCGAUAUGCUAUUACCAAUACACCAAGUUUAAAACUUAACAUAUGGACAUGGUAUGAAUAUUCAGAGGUAUUCGAUGCUUGGGAUUGGUUCAUAAAAGCCGCUGAUAAUUUGUACGACAGUCCUGCCUUCCUUCACGAUCUCGUAGACGUAACUAGACAAGUGCUUCAAAUCAACGGUGAUGUUUACUACGAAAAAUUGGUAUCCUCCUUCAAAGCAGAAAAUAAAGACGAGUUUAAGGACGCUACGGAAAUAUUUAAAAAUAUACUCUCCGAUUUGGAAUUGAUCCUUUCAACUAAUAAAGAUUUCUUACUAGGCCCUUGGCUUGAGUCUGCUAAAUCAUGUGCCAGUGAUUCACAAGAGGAAGAUCUGUUUGAGUACAACGCUAGAAAUCAAAUAACUCUGUGGGGUCCAUCCGGAGAAAUCAUCAACUAUGCCAAUAAGCAAUGGGCGGGUGUGGUAUCCCAUUUCUUCCAACCAAGGUGGGAGAUUUUCAUUCAGAAUAUGAAUAAGUCUCUAGAAACGAAUACGAAAUUUAAUGACUCUUUGGUGAGACAAGAAAUGUUUAGGAACGCUGAGGAACCUUUUACUUUUGAUAGAACUAUAUUCCCAAUGGAACCUACAGGUGAUACCGUCGAAAUUGCCAAACAAAUUCACGAGAGAUGGUCCAGUUUCAAAUCUUUCAGUAGGGUUGAACGUUCGAGUAGAGAGGAAGAAGCCUAUUAUUUUCAAAACUACGUAAAAGAAGAUCCUAGCAUUGUUCUAAUAAAGUAGAAUACCUACCUUGGUUAUUCAUGCACAACUGAUUAUUAAGUAUUAUAGUAAUUAUUAGUAAUCAUGUUUUAUUAUUGUGAAUAUAACAAUUAUAAUGGUUAAUGAUUUGUAAUACUACA